AUUCACAGAUUAUAAACGUCAACUGUCAAAAUGCUUUUUAAGGUUAAUUUAAAGGUAAACAAGAUCUGUUUUGUUGUGAAUAGUUUUGGAAGAAACUAAAUUUAAAAAUAAGAUGAGCCACCACGGGGGCAGGUAUCGCAGCAGGUCGCGAUCUCCAAGGCGAAGAUCCCCAAAAAGGGUGAAACAUUCGCAUUCAAGAAUGGACUCAGAUAAUGAUUACAAAAACCACAACAGCAGUCACCAUCGUGGUUCGCAGCAACAUUCGAGAGGACCGCCUACAGCAAAAAAGUUUUUAUCGCAAGAGGAUGAUUUCAUGGAGGCCCGUAGGCAAGAGAGAGAAAUUAUGGGAAUGAGACCAUCGACUGUAUGGGGCAGGUCUCCCUCGCCACAUCAGUUGAAUUCAGACAAUGAUGAGAAGGUGAAAAAGGAGGCAGGUGUAAGUAAAAAGGAAAAGAAAAAGAAAAAAAGCAAGAAGCAUAAAAAGGAGAAAAAGGCGAAAAAAGAUAAAAAGAAGAAGAAAAAAAGGAAACACAAUUCAUCAAGUAGCGACAAUAGUGGGGCUGAGGAGGAAAAGUGGGUUGAAAAACCAGCGAAAAAAUCGUCGACCUCCGACUCGGAGAGCGAGGAGGAUGGGGUGGUGGGCCCCGUGCAGAAGAGCAGCCACGCCGCCCUGAGCUACAAGGAGAUGGGCAAGGCGCUGUUGCCGGGCGAGGGGGCCGCCAUGGCCGCCUACGUGGCCGAGGGGAAGCGCAUCCCGCGCCGAGGGGAGAUCGGCUUGACUUCGGGGCAGAUCGAGACGUUCGAGAGCGUGGGGUACGUGAUGUCGGGAUCGAGGCACCGGCGCAUGGAGGCGGUGCGCAUCAGGAAGGAGAACCAGAUCUACUCGGCGGACGAGAAGAGGGCCCUGGCGAUGUUCAGCAAGGAGGAGAGGAGCAAGAGGGAGAAUCUGAUCCUGGGGCAGUUCAAGGAGAUGAUUACUUCCAAGUUGGCUGAUAAAAAUACUUGAUUUUUUCAUUAUUUAUUUAUUAUAUUACCUACCUACAUAUAUAAAUAUAUAUAUUAUUGGACCAUUUCCUCCUUCAUAGACUUUGACUGUUAAAAAAAU